GAUAUUAUAUAUAUAGAGAUUGAAAUAAAAUCAUAAAAAUUUAUUCGAGCGACUAAAUAAAUAAUAAAUCUUAUAUAAUCUUAUUUUAUCAAUAUUUUCUUUUAUUUAUAAAAAGCAUUAAAAAUGUUAAAUUGCAAAAAAAUCGCUAUUAUUUUAUUUUUAUUUUUUAUUGGCAAAGUAAAUAGUAAGAACCAUUGGAAUCGAAUACCGAGAUCAAAUACCAAUUUCGAUGUUUUAAUUUUUACUCAACAUUGGCCUCAAACUGUUUGCUAUACAUGGAAAGAAGAUUCAAUAUCGAAUACGUGUUCAUUACCAAAAGAGCAUAAUGAGUGGACGAUUCAUGGUAUUUGGCCAUCUCGGUAUUAUGAUAUUGGUCCACAAUUCUGUAAUAAAUUAUCAUUCAAUUCGACCGCAUUAGAACCAUUGAAAGAGAAAUUACAAGAAAAAUGGAUAGACAUAAAAAAAGGAAGAACUUCUUAUUCGUUUUGGCAACAUGAGUGGGAUAAACAUGGUACUUGCGCGGUAGUAUUGGAACCAUUAAAUACUGAAAAUAAAUAUUUUGCAAAAGGUUUAGAAUUAUUAUCAAAUUAUGAUAUGAAAAAUGUAUUGGCAAAAGCGAAUAUCACUCCUGGACAAAUAUAUAAUAAAACAGAUAUUUUAAAUGCUAUUGAAAAACAAUUAAACAAACAAGGAAUAUUAAUUUGUCAUGAAAAUAAGCAUACUGGAGAAUCAUAUAUAUUUGAGAUACGAAUAUGUUUUAAUAAAACAUUAGAAUUAAUCAAUUGUACCAACAUUUAUGAAUAUCCUACAAAUUGUAAGUCUGAAAGCAUAAUUUAUCCCGAAAAAGUGCCACACAACACAAGUACAAUAAUAAAUAAUAAUAUAAUAAUAAAUUUCAUAUUUAUAUUUGUAUUGUUUUAUAAAUAUAUAUAACAACAUAAAAGUAUAAAUAUAAAAUAUAUGUAAAAUAAAUAU